UAGCUACCACCACCAGUUGGAUCAAUGGCCAUCACUGAAAACCCACCAUUAGAUCAUGAAGAGGAAAAACUCAGUGAUGAGUGCAAGAAACUCCUUCUUUCUCUCCCAAAAGAGAAAGGUUGGAGAACCCUUCACCUCUUUCAAUUCCAAGGCUUCUGGUGCCAAUCAACCGAAAUCCAGUCCAUACUCGCUUUCCAAAACCACUUCCAAACUAGUGACUCAGACAUAGUCUUGGCCAGCAUUCCAAAAUCAGGCACCACAUGGUUAAAAGCCUUGACUUUCGCUAUUGUAAACCGACGCCAUUUCGCAGUCUCAAAGUCCCAUCCUUUACUCACUUCCAACCCUCAUGAUCUUGUGCCUUUCCUUGAGUACAAGCUCUAUGCAAACAACCCACUUCCUGACCUCUCCAAAUUUCCUGAGCCAAGACUGUUUGGGACACACAUUCCUUAUCCUUCUCUGAGUACAAUAAAAAAGUCCAACUGUAAGAUUGUUUACAUUUGCAGAAACCCAUUUGAUACAUUUGUGUCCUCUUGGCAUUUCAUUAACAAAGUGAAGCCACAAUCUCAAGCUCCGAUCUCUCUCGAUGAGGCCUUUGAUAUGUAUUGCAAGGGCAUAGUUGGGUUUGGUCCGUUUUGGGAGCACAUGUUGGGGUACUGGAAAGAGAGCUUGAACAGACCUGACAAUGUUUUGUUUUUGAAGUAUGAGGACAUGAAGGAAAAUGGUGUGUUUCAGUUAAAGAAAUUGGCAAAUUUUCUGGGGUUCCCUUUUAGUUUGGAGGAGGAGAGAGGUGGUGAGAUUGAGGAAAUAGCAAAGCUUUGUGGUUUUCAGAACAUGAAGAAAUUGGAGGUCAAUAGAAGUGGCAAGUCUAUUAAGAACUUUGAGAAUAAGAACCUAUUUAGAAAAGCCGAGGUGGGGGAUUGGAUGAACUAUUUGACCCCUAAUAUGGUUGAAAGGUUGUCCAAAGUCCUUGAAGAAAAGUUGGGAGGUUCAGGUUUGAAAUUCAAUGUGCUUCCCUGAGUUAACAAAGGUAGAUUUCAAGGUUUCACUAUUAUGGUUUGUCUAUAUCUUUUCAUUCUUAUUUGUAAAAUUUGGGUGUAUUAUAUUGAGCAUUUCAACAAUAACAUGUAUCAUGUAGGUAUGUAUACAUUAAUACAUAUAUGCAUUUCACAUGAAUGUUCUUGUUACCACUACAAAAAUGUUGUAGUAUC